GCCUUGGCCUGAGAAGAGGAGCCGGCCGUGUGAGCAUUGUGGGCUGUCGGGGAUCCGGGGCUUAUGGGUUCCUGCGGGACUGGCGUCCGCGAAGGACUCGAGCCAGGAUUCUUCAUUACUCCCUUGAGCACCUGAUCUGCCAUCAAAGUUUCCCAUCACAACUCUUUCCUUGGUGAUAUGGAUGUGGAGGAAGAUGAUUUGUCUCUGCUGACAUCGCUGCUGGAGGAGAAUGAGUCAGCCUUGAAUUGUAAUUCAGAAGAGGCUAACUCCUUGUCCCUGGAAAAUGGUGAGCCAGAUGAAUUUGAUGAGCUUUUUGAUGCUGAUGGUGAUGGUGAAUCUUACACAGAAGAGGCUGAUGACAGAGAAGUGAUAAAAGCAGAAGACCAGAAGGAGAACUUGGCCACUCUCUUUGGAGAUGUAGGGGACUUAACAGAUGAUGAAGUACCUACUUUGCAAGUUGAAAACAAAGUCCUCCCUGCUCCUGCUCCCUGUCAAGAGAAAACCAAUCAGGAGUUGCAAGAUGAAGUAAAGAAGUUGCAAGAACAGAUGACACUCUUACAGGAGCAGCUAAAAGCAGUAUCAGUUAAACAGCUUUCAAGUUCAGCCCUUCCACACAAAUCCCCUGAAAGUAAGUCUCCACCAUCCCCUCUUAAGAAGAAAGUUCAGCACAUUCAGGAGUCAGCAUGCUUUUCUGCAGAGCUUGAUAUCCCUGCUCUACCCAGAACCAAGCGAAUGGCACGGAUGCCAAAGACUUCGACAGAAUCUAAAGGCUCACCUUCAAGGAGGACAAGUGCACCCUCCCAAUCACAACAGGCUAUAUCCAGUAUUUUGAAGCUCAAAAGCUCAUCUUCAAAGACAGCAAGCAUAUCUUCCCAACCACUGCAAGCUAUUCCUGGCAACAAACACAGUGGGAUGACUAGAAAUCAGAAUUCAGGCACCCUUAGGAAUUCUGGGGAACAGGUUCCACAGGGUUCCCAGGUCUCCGUGGAAGCCUUCUCAGGCUUGCGGCUCAGACGACCUCGAGUAUCUUCCACAGAAAUGAACAAAAAAAUGACAGGUCGGAAACUGAUCAGGCUGUCUCAGAUCAAGGAGAAGAUGGCACGUGAGAAGCUAGAAGAAGUGGACUGGGUGACAUUUGGGGUGAUACUGAAGAAAGUCACUCCUCAGAGCACUAACAGUGGAAAAACGUUUAGCAUCUGGAGACUGAAUGAUCUACGUGACCUGACACAGCAUAUAUCAUUGUUCUUAUUUGGAGACGUUCACAAAGAUCUCUGGAAGACAGAGCAAGGGACUGUCAUAGGGUUGCUCAACGCUAAUCCCAUGAAGCCCAGAGAUGGCUCUGAAGAGGUGUGCUUAUCUAUUGAUCAUCCUCAAAAGGUCUUAAUUAUGGGAGAAGCUCUGGACCUGGGGACCUGUAAAGCCAAAAAGAAGAAUGGAGAGCCGUGUACACAGAUAGUUAAUCUGAAUGACUGUGAGUACUGUCAGUACCACAUCCAGGCUCAGUACAAGAAGCUCAGUGCAAAGCGGGCUGAUCUGCAGUCUACCUUCUCUGGGGGACAGAUUCCAAAGAAGUUUGCCCGGAAAGGCACCAGCCUGAAAGAGCGACUGUGUCAAGAUGGCUUCUACUAUGGAGGAGUUUCCUCCACCUCCUACUUAGGCUCUUUGGCAACAGCUGUUGCUUCUAAGAAGAAGGUUCAAACCACUCUGACUAACCUGGUUGUGAAGGGCACAAACUCCAUCAUCCAGGAAACAAAACAAAAACUAGGAAUUUCCCAGAAGAGCUUGUCUUGCUCUGAGGAGUUUAGGGAAUUAAUGGCCCUGCCCACAUUUGGAGCCAGAAACUUAAAACAACAUUUAGCCAAAGCCAAGGCAUCAGGGGUAAUGGGAAGCCCCAAACCUGCCAUCCAGUCUCUCUCAGCAUCAGCUCUCUUGAAGCAACAGAAACGACAGAUGUUGGAAAUGAGGAAGAGGAAAGCAGAAGAGACACAGAGACGAUUUCUCCAAAGCUCAAGUGAAGUCUGGAGCCCAGCUGUGCCAUGUUCAUCCCAACAACCUGCUAUCCAAUCUCAAAAAGGUUCCAAAUUCCCCAGGUUGGAAGGAGCCACAACCCCAUGGAUGCCCAGGCUUGGUCGAGGCAUUUUGGAAGGGGAUGAUGUUCUAUUUUUUGAUGAGUCACCACCACCAAGACCAAAGCUAAGUGCAGUAGCAGAAGCUAAAAAGUUAGCCACUAUUGCAAAAUUAAGGGCAAAAGGACAGAUUCUUAGAAAAGCAGAUCCAAACAAUAUUGUAAGGAAGCAGAUGGACCCCCAAGAUGUGCUGGAAGUGAAGCAGCGCGUAGAGAAGAACACAGUUUCUCCUGAAGCAGAGAAUGAAUUGGAGCCCGCCAGGAAAAAAAGAAGAGAGCAGCUUGCCUAUCUGGAAUCUGAGGAAUUCCAGAAAAUUCUAAAAGCAAAGUCCAAGCACACAAACAUACUGAAAGAGACUGAGGCUGAGCUGCAGGAAUCCUAUUUUGAGCCACUGGUGAAAAAAGAACAAAUAGAAGAAAAAAUGAGAAACAUCAGAGAAGUGAAAUGCCAAGUAGUGACGUGCAAGACGUGCGCCUACACCUACUUUAAGCCUCUGGAGACCUGCAUCAGCGAACAGCACGACUUACACUGGCAUGAUGGUGUGAAGAGGUUUUUCAGGUGUCCCUGUGGAAACAGGACUAUCUCCCUUGACAGACUCCCAAAGAAGCACUGCAGAAAUUGUGGCCUCUACAAAUGGGAACGGGACGGAAUGUUAAAGGAGAAGACGGGUCCAAAGAUAGGAGGAGAAACCCUGUUACCAAGAGGGGAAGAACAUGCGAAGUUUCUGAAUAGUCUUAAAUAACUCUAACCAGUCAUUUUCCUUCAACCCACCUUACUUCUUAAGGCUCUGGAAAAGCAAGAGAUUGACGCUGUACUGUCCAUUUUCCUGUUUGACACUGUGAGAAACAAAUGCUUGGUCAGCCCACAAGCUUUGCCUGUUUACUUUCCUCCACUGUGUCAUUUUUCACUAUAUUUAACAUUGACAUGUAAGUAGGAAAUCAAGAUACCCUAGUCUUUCCUGUCCUCACUGCAGUCCUGCCUUGGAGCACUCACUCAAAUUUUUGCCCCCAAACUGGAAGAGGAACUGAGACCUGUGCUUCUGGGUCUCUUUUAAAGACUGAGUGAACUUUUUAUAAUAGUGAAGGUCUAGUGUUAUAUGGACACCAGAAGCAAAAGAACUAAUUUAGGUCAAUUAUCUCCCUACUUGUGGAUUUUCUUUCCUUGUGUGUAAAAUGAGGAAAAUUGGCCUACUUAACCUAGUAUUCUAUCUUCCAACGCUCAAGUUCCUGAUGACGAUUAUCACUGCCUUUAAUAUAGUCUUGACGUGCUGACAGUGGAAGCCACGUUCCCUUUUUUCUUCUGUUAUUUCAGCUUUGCUCUUUGAAAUGAAGUCACUGAACCACUUUGCGUAUCAGCUCAUUGGUGUAUAUGGAGAGAAACAGUGCUCUAUACUCACAAUAUUGGGGCCUCAGAGAUAGAAAUUCCUAAAACUUCAUCAUUUUUCAGUAUGCAUUUAUUUAAUUAUGGCUUAAAGAAAUUUUAACCUGAUAAAAACAUAUGUAACUUGAAGCAUGACUAAAAAACAAACUGUAAAGAUGGAAUCCUGUAGACUUGGUGGGUUGUAGGUGUACUUCAUUAUGUGUGUGAAGACUUAAAUGUCAAAACCAAGAGACUGUCCCAACAAACAUUUAGUUUGGGAAAUUCCACUAGCUGGACAACCUAGUUUUUCAAACACUAUUUGACCUGCAUGAAUGCUGGUAUAGUUUUAAAGCUGAAUAAGAUGGUAGGGUUAUUGUUUUGGAUUUUGAACUCUAGCUAGAAAUGUUUAGAUUUCCUCAGACAGUGUAACAUCAGGAGCUUAGUACUGACAGAAGGUAGUAAUGGAAGAUUUGGGUUUUCAAGAACAAGAGGUGCAAUUCACAAAUCUAAGGUAAUACAUUGGAUUUCAUACAACUUUGUUUCUGCUCUACCUAGGUAGAAGGUGCUGAAAGUAGCCUGUAUUUUCCCUAAGAUCAUUUUCUAAUCACUGUGAUUUUAGGAAUACUGUCCUUGCAGUUGGGUUCUAGCUUUGGUUUUUAACUAACAAAGAAAAGAGUAAAUUACUUAUUAAUAAGAACCCAAAAGCACUUGAAACUGAUAUUUUUAAUAGCUCAUUUAGGGUAGAUUCUUUCCUUUUAUAAAUGUCAAACAGCAAUGCAUAUGAAAUAAGUGAUACAGCUACAUAGACCUUGAACUGCAGCUUGUUCUUUGAGUGAUCUCCCUAUGCGAAAAAUGGGUUCCUAUGAAUGGAAGGCAUCACAGGAAUUUGUAUUCAUUUGUAUGCUGUCUAUGUGAUGUUUAAUAUAUUUGCAAAGCUUCAUGGGGACCUAAGUCUGAGUGCCUUUCUUUGUAAAUUUUAAUUUGCAUCUCUAAAAUAAUUUAAAAAUACAAUAGAGCCACUUCUCCUUGCACUGAAUGU